AUGCCUUUCACAUCAAGUAAACUCACAUACAAAGCGUACGCCUACAAAAACGGCAACUACCCCAUCGAACUAAUCGAUGAAACCAUCGACCUCGUCAAGGACCCCCAGGGCACCUACGUUGCUCCACCAGGUAAGAUCCUCCUUAAAAUCAACUAUGCCGCAUUGAACCCAGUAGACUACAAGUUGUACCACAUCAAGCCUUCAAUCUUGCGUUUUUACAACUGCAAGCAAGGAUUUGGCCGUGAUUUUAGCGGUGAAGUCGUUUCCAUCGGUAAAAACACCAGCACCAGCGUCAACGUGGGCGAUUUCGUCCAGGGGAUAUACACACCUAUACUAGACAAGGGUUCAUGUGCCCAAUACUUGUUGGUGGACCCCAAACAUUGUCCCGUCACGACCAAGCCCACCAAUAUCAGUUUGGCUCAAGCUGCCGCAUGGCCUUUGGUUUUGGGUACCGCGAUGCAAUUGGGUAAAGGAUUAGACUAUAAGGAUAGCAAAGUGUUGGUGUUGGGCGCUGGUACUUCUGUGGGUAGAUAUGUGGUGCAGUUGGCCAAGCUCGGUGGGGCUAGAGAAGUCGUCACGACCAACUCCGCGAGAAAUAAAGACUUGAUUUCCGAGCUAGGUGCUACUGAGCAAAUCGACUAUAGACAACAUCCAAAUUUCUUGAAUCCUGUGUUGGAAAAUGUCAAGAAUAGCGGCAAGUUCAAUUUCAUCAUCGAUUGUUUCGGUGGUACUCACUUGUUUCCCGAGAUUAACCACAUUUUGGUCAAAAAUGGUGCUUACCAUACUAUCGUGGGGGACUCACCGGGCCACGGGUUGGAUGCCAUGCUUGGUGGGGUCAAGACCAUCUCCAGAAUGGCUUUUUCGAAAUAUGGUCUUCUUAAUUACAACUACGAGUUGAGGUUUUUGGACAAUAACAGCGGAUGGAUCAAUGCUGCCAGAGAGCUCAUUCAAGAAGGCAAAGUCAAGAUUUUUAUCGACAAGAUCUACCCUUUUGAUGAAUUGAAGCAGGCUAUAGAACGUUUAGAAAGUGGCAAAGCUGAGGGAAAAGUCGUUGUUGAAGUGGCUAGAUCAGAAUAG